CAGUGGGAUGAAAGCAAUGGUAGAUAUUUGGUAGGAGGAAGGGAGGUGGGGGGGAGAGAUCACGUUUGGGAAAAAAAAAAGAGGGGGAGGGGGAAUGAGAGGUAAAGAAAUUCCCUCCCAGAUCCAUCCGCAGGCUGAGGAGUUGGGAGGGGGAAUAAGGAGGGGUAUGCAGUCUAUUUGGGUGUUGCUAUCUCUAUUCCUGUGAAUAGGAUUGGAUAGAGCCACAAGAAACGUUUUUACAGUCAGAGCUUCCUCAUUGGUUGCAGGACCCAAAGGUUAAACCAAAUUCUUCCUUUUUUUUUCCAAGGCUGGUGUCUCUGGGUCUGGAAUUAAUUGUAGCUAUAGCUGUCUACUCUAGUUGCUGAGAGGGAGGUUGUUGUUUAUUUUGAAGGGGACAUGAAGUAGUUGAUUCAUUUUCUCCCCUGGCUUCUUCUUUGAUUAUAUUUAUAUAUAUAGAUGUAUAUAUUUAUACAACCUAUAAUUAACACCAAUAUUAUGUGCGUUUUGUUUUUUGCUACAUGACUUGCAAGUGUUUGGAUACCUUGUUGCUAAAGAGCCCUCUACUCGCUACGGCUGCUGUUCCUUCUGCUGCAACUUAACUUGCGAGAUCAACAUCCUUGUGAUAUGUUGGACAUGGGGGAGAGGAAAGAAGUUAAAAUGAUCCCCAAGUCGUCUUUCAGUAUCAACAGCCUGGUUCCUGAAGCAGUGCAGAACGACAACAACCACUCUCAGCCACACCACCACCAUCACCACCACCACCAGAUCACCCAGCAAACGCACCAUGUCCAGUCACACCACAGACCCUUGCAGGAAGAAGAUGAGCUGGACAAGAGUCUACUGGAGGUCAAGACUGAAAGUCUACCAUCUGGUAAGGUGGACUCAGCUUCCUCUGAGCUCCCGGGGGCCGAGGACAAGGAAAAGACUGAAGAGAAGAAGGUGGACGGUGGUGGUAAGGAUGGGGAGAGUGGCAAAGAAGGGGAGAAGAAAAAUGGCAAAUAUGAGAAGCCCCCCUUCUCCUACAACGCUUUGAUCAUGAUGGCCAUACGCCAGAGUCCAGAGAAGCGUCUAACUCUAAAUGGAAUCUAUGAAUUCAUCAUGAAGAACUUUCCGUACUACAGGGAGAACAAACAGGGCUGGCAAAACUCCAUCAGGCAUAACCUCAGCCUGAACAAGUGCUUUGUCAAGGUUCCUAGACAUUAUGAUGAUCCGGGAAAAGGGAACUACUGGAUGUUGGACCCUAGCAGUGAUGAUGUUUUCAUUGGUGGGACCACUGGAAAGCUCCGCAGGAGAUCCACCACCUCUAGGGCUAAACUAGCAUUUAAGAGAGGGGCGAGGCUCACCUCCACAGGACUGACUUUUAUGGAUAGAGCUGGCUCCUUGUACUGGCCUAUGUCCCCUUUCCUUUCAUUGCAUCACCCAAGGGCCAGCAGCACUUUGAGCUACAACGGGACAACAUCAGGCUACCCAAGCCACCCCAUGCCCUACAGUUCUGUGUUGACUCAAAACUCAUUGGGGAGCAACCACUCUUUUUCAACGUCCAAUGGCUUGAGUGUAGAUAGACUUGUCAAUGGGGAGAUACCUUAUGCCACCCAUCACCUCACAGCAGCUGCCCUGGCUGCCUCAGUGCCAUGUGGGUUACCUGUACCCUGUUCUGGUACAUACUCUUUAAACCCUUGCUCUGUGAAUCUUCUAGCUGGACAAACAGGAUAUUUCUUCCCCCAUGUACCCCACCCCUCCUUAACUUCACAAAGCAGCACUUCAAUGACAGCCAGAGCAGCCUCCUCUUCCUCCUCACCCCAAGCUCCUUCCACCCUGCCCUGUGAGUCCCUCAGACCAUCUUUGCCAAGUUUUACAACAGGACUUUCUGGUGGACUUUCUGAUUAUUUUACACAUCAAAAUCAGGGCUCUUCAUCCAACUCUUUGAUACAUUAACAAAACAUCCCACGGGAGCAGACUGUAAGUGAACAUUUUAAACACAUUUCAAUUGUACAUGAAAAUUGAAAGGAACAAAAAAAAAAAACAAACAAACAAAAAAAAAAAAACAAAAAAAAAGCAAGCGAAAAAAAAAGACAAGUCCAGGUAUUUUUUAUGAAGUCCCCUUAUUUUGUGUACGUCUGUUCAGUCUCUAGGGUUCUAUAUUAUUAAGGUGAGGCGUGAUGUCAAUAGCAGAAAGGUAAUGGAGAGAACACAUGAUGCCCUCUGAUAGAAUGUGUAACUGAUUCUGUAACAGUGACUGCUAUAAAAAAAAUGUUUUAUUCAGUACAGUUGUAUCACUCAUAGUCCCCAUAUAUCCAUGUCUCCAGUAUUAUAACUUUUCAUGGAUAAUGGAUCUAGUUAUAAAAAAAAAACACAAACAAAACUGCAAAGAUACUAAAAUGAUAAACUCAAUACAAAGUAAUAAUGUUGCAACUGUCAAUUUGUAUUUAACCGUUAUUAAAGUACACCCUGCACAGUUAUUAAUUAUAUUCUGGCAAUUUAUUAUAUUAUCAUUUCAUCUUAUGAAAGAGCUGAGUUUUCUGUUUACUUUUAGACCAAAGAUUGGGAUGUAGAAAAAGCAGUCAGUGUACUGAUUAAUUAAAAUAAACAGAAAUAAAAUAAAAAUACAAAAUAAAUCUCAUAUCAACUGCAGUACUGUCUAUUUGCAAAGAAUUUCAGGGGGACAAAUGAAUACUGCCUUCAGUUUGUGUUGUGUAUAUUUUGGUGUAUGUACUCACUAACCGGUCGGUCACAUUUUUUAUUUUAUUUUUUUUUAAUUAUUUUAUUUUUUAUUUUUAUUUUAUUUUUAUGUAGUGAAACGUUAUACCGAUUGUACUACUAGGUAAUCCUUGCAAAAUAUGUAUAACCCGUGUUGAGUAAAAAUGCAUAAAUUUGAGUGAUUGUUAUCGUUGUCUUUAACUUUCUUGAUUGUGAUAAUGUGGUCAUAUGCCCGUGUUUGUCACUUAUACAAUUGUUUACUAUGAAGACACAGAAAUAAAAAAAAUAGGCCAAAUUCAUAUAGAAAAUAGUUUUGUCUUUCUUUUUUAUUAACCCUUGCUGAGUAUAUAUGCACAGUCAUAUAUAAAUAUUUUGUGAUGUAUGUGUCAGUGUAUGUAUGUAUACACAUAUAUAUAUAUAAAUAUUUUAAAUAUAUAUAUAAAUAUAUUACAUACACGUACUCUCUUUAUAUACAGAUACUAAUUUACUAUUCUAUUGCAGGAAACACAAGUACACAAUGUUUUUUGUUUUUUUUUAAUGUUAACAGAUUUAUUUUAAAUCUCUUAUAGGAUGUUCAUAAUUUGGUGUGUGGCUGAAUUUACUUAUUUAUUGCUUAACACCAAUGGCAAAGUGGUUAUAGUGAAGCACUGAUUUACAAUUUAUUUUGCUUAUAAUAUCAAGGACUUGCUCUUUCUCCUAAAAUUUUAAUUUACUGAUUUACUAAGCCUUGUUAUGUUCUAAUAUAUGUAUUUAAAUAUAUUAGAACAUAUAAAUAUAUGUAAAAAAAAAUAUAUGGCGUGCAUACGUCUUCUGUGGGGACAUAUAUUAUAUAUAUAUAUAUAUAUAUAUAUAUAUAUAUAUAUAUACACAUUAAUAUAUUGACUAAUUUUAUUUUUAACUUAAUCCAAAAUAUAAUAUAAUUUUAUUUUUUUGCAUGGGCAGAGCUUAAAAAAAAUAUAUAUUUAUAUAAUUAUGCAAUAAUUUAAACACACGAGGUUUGUGUAUGUGUGUUAAAUAUAUUUAAAAAAAACAUUUUGUGAAACAUCACAAACUACAGCCUUGAAAAAAAAAAAAAACAAAGAAAAAAACGCAAGAAAAAAGAUUUUGCAACUAAUUGGAGCCUGCAGGGAGUUUCUACCUUACAAAUGACUCAUUUGUCACUGUUGUAUGAAAUUUGCUUGCAAUGAUGUAGUGGGCUAGCUCUCUCUCAAUAGGCCCUAAUGAAAAAUAAACUCUGUAGAGGACAUACAAUCUCAAUGAAAGUCCUUUAGUAUCCUGUGUUCAUCAACUUUAUCCAAUCAGGCAAAUCCUAAAAUAAGACUUAAUAGUAUAGAAACGCAUAAGGUUUUGGGCUGUUUAAGGAUUUUUUUAACCCCAUAUAAGAUUUUUGAGUCUCAGACUUAAAGAAUUUGGUCUUUUUUUGUCCAGCAAUGAAAGGGUUGGAAAAGUUGAGAAAUCUCCCAAAAUCUGCAUCAAAGGAUAAGCUGGUAUAUCUGUCAGAUCUAAGGAUUACCAGAAUACACCAAUUCAUGUCUUUCUUCGCCAAUAAUGCAGUGAAUGAAAUACAAUGUAUACAUACACACAUACAUUAAACACAUUAUCCUAAUGUUAAGAUUUUUAGACACUAACCUACCAAUAUCUCUUGAAACAAGUAAACCCACACUUAUACAUUGGAUAUUGAGGUUCUUAGAGACAACUGUGAUGUGAGGCUCUCAGACGAGAAGAAUUUAAUCUUGAGGUUGAUGAAUUAUUUAAUAUUGCUUUUUUUUUUUUUUCACGGAGUCACAGUUAAAGACCCCUUGAUACAUGGAGUCGGCCAGGCCUUGUUCUUAACUACUGGCUACAGAAAAACUUUGGGCUGACUUUAGGUCCAUUUAUUCCUGUGGGUAAAUAAUACAUGGGGCCUAGGCUUUGGAACGAUGUGUAAAUUGUACAAUAGCUAUGUAACUAAUAAAUAUAUUAGGCAACAAUAUAUAUAUGUGUGUGUGUGUGUGUAUAAAAUCCAAAAUCAAAUAUAUACCUAAUGCUUAUUAUAAUAUAUAUAGUUGCCUAAUAUAUAUUUAUAUAUUAGAUAUAUAUAUAUAUAUAAAUAAAAAAAAAUGAUGUAUUAAAUAUAAAAGAAAUAUUGCAAUCGCUGCUAAGCCUGAUUUAUAAUAAAUGAUUCAAGUGUGACCUCAUCUGAUAAAUUAUAGAUAGAUAUGGGAUCCCCACAAGCAAAUCCCGUGCAGUUUAACUCAUUACUAAAACAAUAUAAAUUUCUAAUUAUUUAAAAUUGUAAAAACAGCAUAAUUUAUCUAAUGCUUCAUAUAAUAUCGAUAAACGUGUAUUCAAAGCAUAUGACUAUUAUAACGCGGGUUUAAUGUGAUAAGCAAUCUCUUUACCAGUGUGAGUGAUUUUAAGGUUUCUAUGUGUGUGUGAAAAUGUAAGAUUUUACAUAGAGCAAUGGAUAUUUGGUUAUUAUUAUUAUUAUAAUUUACUGCAAUAUUAAUGGAUUAUUCUAUUGGUAAAAUGUAUAUUUAUAUAUAAACAUAUAUGUAUACACUAUAUAUAUAUAUAUAUAUAUAAAACACAGCACAUUCCAUUCUGAAAUCUUUAAAGCUUAUAAAGUUUUAUAAAAACACCUGAUUUAGGUCAAAUAAUUUAUUGAAUAAGCCUGUCACAGAGUCAAAUAUUGGAAGGUUUUAUGUAUGCUAAUCCAAACGGCUGCUCUUAUGAUACUUUGUAUACCCAUUCUGAAUAAGCUUAUAUUAUUACAACAAACUUUAUAUCCACCAAACAAACUUAAAUCUUUGUAACAAAUUUAUAUUGCAAUGCAAAGCAUCGCUGCACAUGUAUACAAAUGUAUCAGACUAGGAUCUGCUAAAAAAGAGAUACAGGUUAGGUCAUGGAUGAGUCAAAGUGUUUGGGACAGUAAUCCGAACUUUACUAAAUAUAACUGUUAACUUGUGUGUCUCUGAAUGCUCUAAACUUUGGUUAUGUGAUUGUACACUGAACUUCUUCCUAUAUUAUUCUAUUGACCUUAUAACUAUCACUCUUUCACCAUUACCAUUUGUUAUUUCUGCUCUGUGUGUGGAGAGGAAAUCUUUAAGUAUAUUCUCAAAUAUUCUCAUAUAUAUAUACUGGGGUACAGGACCUGCAACAACAGCGAAUAAUGAUUUGAAAAAAUGUAUGUGUAAUUUAUGAAUAUUGUAUAUAUAUAUAUAUAUUACACACUAUACAGUAUAUAAAAAGGUUAUACUCUUCCCUAAUCAUAUGAUAUGAUUUAUUUAUUUUUUAAAUGCUUGCUAUGCAGCGGUUCAGAAAGAUUUUUCAAAUGUAUAUGCAAUAUGUUUAUAUAUAGAUACAUACCUAUAAUAAUUCACACUGGGGAUAUACCAUUCCUUAAUUAUAUUGUGUGUGUGUGUGUGUGUGUGUGUGUGUGUGUGUGUGUGUGUGUGUGUGUGUGUGUGUGUAUUACACACUAUACAGAAUAUUAAGAGGUUAGGGUGGUUAUACCAUUUCCUAAUUACAUUGUGUGCGUGUGUGUAUAUAUAUAUAUAUAUAUAUAUAUAUAUAUAUAUAUAUUACACACUAUACAGAAUAUUAAGAGGUUAUACAGAAUAUUGAGAUGUUAGGGUGGUUAUACCAUUUCCUAAUAUCAUUGUGUGUGUGUGUAUAGACAAAUAAUAAUAAUGUUCCAAUGUUAAAGUGCACUGGGUGUACAGAUGUGUGCAAUGGGGUCCAGGGCUGUUUUUGAGAAGUUCUGGGGUACUCCUAAAUUCACAUUGUACAACCUCUUAAUAUACUCUAUAGUGUGUAAUACGUAUACACCUAUUUUGUAUGAUGAUAAUAUUGUUCCAAUGUUGAAGUGCACUGGGUGUACAGAUGUGUGCAAUGGGGUCCAGGGCUGUUUUUGAGAAGUUCUGGGGUGCUGAUAAAUUCACCCCAAGUCAGCAGCACUGCCCCAGUCUACAGAAUGUCCCCAGCUGUUGACUUCCCCCCUCCCCUCCCAGCUGAUACCUGGCUAUGUAUUUGAACCAGUGGGCUCACAAAGUUGAAGGUGAAGGGACAAAGAGGUUUUGGGUUUGUGUGGGGCUGACUUACUGAGUCUGUCAGACUUGCCCUAGAGGGCGGAGCCCUUUAACAUACCUCAAACAAGAACGAACCUUCCCUCAAGAACACCGCAUCUUUACUCAAUAGCACCGUAUCCAUCAAACAGAUGGGGAUUUCUACAGCCAAACCGCCAUACAGGUAAGGUGGGAGCAGGACUGGGCAUAGGGGGUGUCACAGGGGAAGGGGAAUACAAGCAGAUGGACCUAAAAAUAUUGAUACCAGGCUACAAAUAUCUAAUUCUCUGUCAGUAACACCCAGAAAAUUCCCCAAUAAUAUAUCCCACAUCAAUAAACACAUUACUUUAAUUAAAAAAAUAUAUAUAAAUAAAUAAUAAAUAAAUAACAAAAAAAAGUCACUUUUGAAGACAAAUGAACUAUUUGUGCUAACCGGUUUGUUUUUGUUUUUGUGUUUUAGAUUCCAUUCAGCUUUGAAGAAACAUUUUACCAAAAAUAAAAAAAUAAAAAGAGGGGAGAAUUCCACUUUGACCAGUAAGUUGUUGAACUUUUUUUUUUUUAAGUCUGUAGAAUUAAAUGUACUAUGUAUCCAUUUGAUAUGGCUGGCAGGCAGCUUAUUAAAUGCAAAUCAGGAAGUAAAGACAAUAAUAGCAAUGAAUUGUGCCACAGUGAAAAAAGGAAACAGGGAGUCUUGUAUAAAAUGUUAUUCUGACACUGGUAAUAAAUGACAUUGGGAUAAGUUACAUUGUAUCUCGCCCAAGGCAGGACAGUGUGCACAGACCAUAGUCACACUAUCAUUUAACAAUGUGGAUUUAUCUCAGCUCUGGCUGACUUUCUGUUACAACUGUACAUGUGAACUUUUAGUAAUUGGAUGCAAGGAUCUUAGUAUGAAACAUCUUGCAGUGUUUAAAAACAUUAAAAAAAAGAGAGUAUUGUAGUAUUGUGUGAUGGGAUUAUCUGCAAUAUGUAGCCUUGUUCUGUGAAGUCAAAGCAUGUUUGUGACACAGCGAUGAUGUUUAAGAAUUGGUCCAUUGUCAGUGGAAAAACUAAAUAAAAAUAAAAUAAAAUAAAUGUAUACUCAGAUCUAAUAUUGAACAAUAUGUUAUGUUGUAUUUUUAAAAAUAUUUUUAUGUAUAUAUUAUUUUAUUCACAUUGUAUGUGUUUGAAAUAUGCAAAUAUAAUGUAAAUAUAUACUUAAUGCAUAAAUAAUCUAAAUAAUUAAAAUUCUAUUAUUUAGGAACUUCAGCUAUUUCGAUAUUGUUUACACUAGUCCCCUCCUAUUCAUAAAUGUAAAUAAAAGCGUUAAUGUAUAUUUUGUAUAAAAUCAAAUGAAAAAAAAUAAAAUAAACAAUUUGUAGAAUAUAACAAUAGGAGUUUAAUAAUAAACAAUUUAGCCCUCAUGAAUGGUAAAUUUAAUAACAAAUAAUAAUAUGCACCCACACGCACACCUGUGCAUAUAAUGGUUAUUUAUGCAUUUGUUUACUUUUCAGAAUCAUUUUUUUUUAGAACCUGAUUUGUUUUUCACUGCACCGUUUGCAGAAUUUGUAAGGUUUUUGUGCUAAUUCUUCUGGUUUCUUAAAACAGAUUCUGCUUAUACUUGAAGUUAUUACAAGAAUGGCCAGAAGAGGGCGGUCUACCCCAGGUAAACAUAUACUGAUUUUUUUCUAUAAUUUACACUUAGGCUGCUAAGAUAACUAAAAUGACUUUAUAUUACAGAUAGCUUUAUUUAUUUGUAAUGCCGAUUUUUUUAACGUUGAAAAAUCAUGUUUGUUGUUGAAGUAUUAAUACUGUGUGUAAAUAAAACCUUUUAAUUGGGAGAAUUUUUUUUUAUUUUUAUUGUUUUGUUUUACUACAUUUUUUUUUCUAAGUUCAGAGAAAGAACCCCAUUUGCAUGUCCUUUGUCUUAUAUUUUUUAUUGCCUUUUGUACGUUAUUUGACGCUAAUUAAGAUUUUUAGCUAAGUCUGGAAUAUUUUGCCAAAUAUUUCAUUAAUAUUAGUACUGUAUCAUUGGAAUAAAACAUUUUGAUACAAUGAAAUCAUUUCUAUCAAUGUUUUUAUCUUAAAUGAGAUAAACUUGUUAUCUCGCUAUCAAAAUGUUUUUUUUUUUUACACCCACACAUUGCUCUAUCCAAUAUGUAAAAAAGAGAUUUAUUUUUACAAUAUGCAGCGUGGAGGUGACAACAAUGUGACCCCCAGAAUCUGUUCUUCUUUACAGAAAAGAAAUGAUCUAAAUUAAUGUAAAUGACUACAAACGUCUUAAUAAACGAACAAAGCUUUUUCCCAUAGAUCGAUUUAUAUAAUCGAAUCGUGUGUUCUAUGUUAGACUGAUCGGAAACAGUUGCUCUUGGGGGUUCGAUCGUUAGAAUUGUGAAGAAAAAUAUUUAGGGGUUAUUUUUACAAGGAAUGUGACUCCUUUGUUAGCUAGAGGUCUUCCAAAUGAACCGUCACCGUCGCCAGGAAAUAUAUAUAGUGUGUUAGUGAGUGUGUAUAUAUAUAUAUAUAUAUAUAUAUAGUGUGUUAGUGAGUGUGUAUGUAUAUAUAUAUAUAUAGUGUGUUAGUGAGUGUGUAUAUAUAUAUAUAUAGUGUGUUAGUGAGUGUGUAUAUAUAUAUAUAUAGUGUGUUAGUGAGUGUGUAUAUAUAUAUAUAGUGUGUUAGUGAGUGUGUAUAUAUAUAUAUAGUGUGUUAGUGAGUGUGUAUAUAGUACUUGAAUAUAUAUAUAUAGUGUGUUAGUGAGUGUGUAUAUAGUACUGAAAUAUAUAUAUAGUGUGUUAGUGAGUGUGUGUAUAUAUAUAUAUAUAUAUAGUGUGUUAGUGAGUGUGUAUAUAGUACUUGAAUAUAUAUAUAUAGUGUGUUAGUGAGUGUGUAUAUAGUACUGAAAUAUAUAUAUAGUGUGUUAGUGAGUGUGUGUAUAUAUAUAUAUAUAUAUAGUGUGUUAGUGAGUGUGUAUAUAUAUAUAUAUAUAUAUAUAUAUAUAUAUAGUGUGUUAGUGAGUGUGUAUAUAGUACUGGAAUAUAUAUAGUGUGUUAGUGAGUGUGUACAUAGUACUGGAAUAUAUAUAUAUAUAUAAAGCAAGUCUUGAUUUUUGUUUAACAUUGUAUUAAGUAUCCACAGACUUUAGGUGGAAGGGGUUUUCAAUCACAAUUUCCCCCCACCAUAACCUUUUUGGAUAUAUAAAUAUAUGUAGAGUAUAUAUAUAUAUAUAUAUAUAUAUAUAUAUAUAUAUAUAUAGUGUAUAUAUGUAUGUAUAUAUAUAUAUAUAUAGAGAGAGAGAGUGAGAGAGAGAGUUUAUAUAUAUAUAUAUACACAGAGUAUACUAGUAUACUGAAACAGGGAUAUAUAUAAUAUUUCAGUAUACUAGUAUACUCCAAUACUCUGUGUUUAUAUAUAUAUAAUAUUUCGGUAUACUAGUAUACUCCAAUACUCUGUGUGUAUAUAUUUAUAUAAAAUAUUUCAGUAUACUAGUAUACUAAAAUACUCUGUGUUUAUAUAUAUAUAAUAUUUCGGUAUACUAGUAUACUCCAAUACUCUGUGUGUAUAUAUUUAUAUAAAAUAUUUCAGUAUACUAGUAUACUAAAAUACUCUGUGUUUAUAUAUAUAUAAUAUUUCAGUAUACUAGUAUACUCCAAUACUCUGUGUUUAUAUAUAUAUAUAUAAUAUUUCAGUAUACUAAUAUACUCCAAUACUCUGUGUUUAUAUAUAUAUAUAAUAUUUCAGUAUACUAGUAUACUCCAAUACUCUGUGUUUAUAUAUAUAUAUAUAUAAUAUUUCGGUAUACUAGUAUACUCCAAUACUCUGUGUUUAUAUAUAUAUAUAUAUAUAAUAUUUCAGUAUACUAGUAUACUCCAAUACUCUGUGUUUAUAUAUAUAUAUAUAUAUAUAUAUAUUUAAUAUUUCGGUAUACUAGUAUACUCCAAUACUCUGUGUGUAUAUAUUUAUAUAAAAUAUUUCAGUAUACUAGUAUACUCCAAUACUCUGUGUUUAUAUAUAUAUAUAAUAUUUCAGUAUACUAGUAUACUCCAAUACUCUGUAUAUCCGUGUUCAAUAUUAAAGUUUUUUUUUUAAUUAAUAUUAUUAUUUAAAUUCAUUUAAACAAAGCUAAUGCAUUUGUGUCUUCACAAUUAUGAACUGAAUAUCAGUUUACUCUGGUGUGGAUAGGUUAGAUAUUAUUUUGUAAAAAGGACAUUUCUAGGGGAUUUUAUUUCUAGUCAGUUGUUAUAGUCGUUUGAGAAUCCACACUAGCACAAUCUAGGCCAAAUAUGCACAUUUGGAAAAUAAUCCAAUCAAUCUGACUGUAUGGCAGAGAUUUUCCAAAACGGUUAUUGUAUCUUGUGUUCUGUUAGUCGGUUCUCAAAUCGGUUUAGUCAAUAAGCCACAUAUUAUCUACCAAAGCACAUAUAUACCCAGAUACAACAUAUUGCUUUCUAUGAGUUUCUAUGCUUUUAUUAAUGAAUGUGUUUUGUAUGUAUUAGACACAGAUAUACACACAUGCAGGUUUGUUUAUUUUGUUAAAUGAGUUGCCUGUUUAUGUACAAAAUUCGAGUAAAUUCUAUGGAGCUGCACCAGUCAUUAGCUGCAAUUAAAUCCAGAAAGUUCUGAUUACAAUAAGAAGGGUGGAAUCGAUUCAUUUUCUUCAAUAAAAACGAGUGUUCCCAGCUCCCAUCGAUCUGUGUGUUUGCUAAUGCCAAGCUAUAAAGAUUCGCUCCAAUAUUUGGCUGUCUGCUGGUCUAAAUAACGAAACCCAUGACUUGCACAAUCCCAGCCUGUGGAUUAACAAAAUCUUAUACUUACCUGUUCUAGAAUCCUAAACUCCAAUGGAACAAGGGAUACAUUAACGUAUUAUAAAAUAAAUAAAUAAAUGUAUGUAUGUUCAUAUUUUAUGUAUGCAUGUAUAGAUAGAUAGAUAGAUAGACAGACAGAUAGAGAGAUAGAUACAUGAUAGAUAUAGAUAGAUAGAUAGAUAGACAGAUAGAUAAAUGAUAGACAGAUAGAUAAAUGAUAGACAGAUAGAUAGAUAGAGAUAAAUGAUAGAUAGACAGACAGACAGACAGAUAGAUAGAUAAAUAGAUAGAGAUAUAUAGAUACAUUAUAGAUACUAGAUAGAUAAAUGAUAGAUAGAUAGAUAGAUAGAUAGAUUUUGUACCAAUUACAUACCAAGAGUUGUUAACAUAUUUAUAAAUAAAACACACACACAAAUUGCACUGGAUAGAAUUCUAAAAUAUUGAGGUUUUGGUAACCUUUAUAGAAAAACAUUUCCAAGUUAGAUACAUUUGUUUUAUUAUAAAAAUUUUUUGGAAAAAUAUGAUUUUUUUUCUUCUAAUUUUGCAGAUUUUGUCUAAAUUGUAUAGGUCUGUACCUCAGGUCAGCACACCUCACAGCCUCACUGUUUAGUGGAUAUACCCCUUGUGACUUUCUGAUAUUUGCAUCAUAAUCAGUAAAAAGCAAUUUGGAAGAUGCGAGCAAUUUAGGCACGGAAAUCGCAAAUAAAUAAAAUAUGUCAGUAACUAAGUGUCUUACUCCAGAUAGUGCAUUAGUAAAUAGCUGGUUUAAUUUGUACGUGAAUGUGUCUUUAAUUUCGGCACUACAAAACAGUAGUAAACGAGCUAUCAGCUAACACCAUUCUAAUUAUUAAUAAUAACAUUAAUAAAAUAAUAAUAAUAAUAAUAUUGUAUUAUUUUAUUGAAUAGGCAUAGAAAACUUCCUGCCUAUACACACACACACACACACAUACAUACAUAAACACAUAUUUGCGUGACUGUAUAUUCUGUAGUAUUUUCUAAAAAUAUAUAAAUAUUCUUCUGUUUCUGUGACAAGUGAAUUUGAUCCCAUGGGGCCGACAACUGUAUCUGUGUUCUAACGUCUGAGUUUUGCUUGGAGUUAAAUCUCUAUAUAUUGUAGCUUUGAUAUUAAUUGAUUUUUUUUCCUUCCAGUUCCUACUGCUGAGUUGAAAUCUUACAAUUUAAAUUUUUUUUUUGGUGUAUUGAAAAAAACCUUUAAUUUAGAUUUUUAAUCUUACGUGGUGUCAAUGAUGCGAUUGUGUAUUGGAUGAAAAUAUACAAUUUAAAGAAAAUAAAGAGGGGAUCUUUGUGUAGCUACAUUCUCCUGGGAAAAUGCAGUAGAUAUUGUUCAGUGCUCAAGGGUGUUAUUAAAACAUAACUUUACCAUAGGGAAAAUAUCAAAAAAUAUCAAAAGAUGUCCUUUUCGAUAGCUCUAUUCCCUUAUCCUACCAUGUUACUAAGUAAUUAGAGUCUGGAGGCUCGAAAUGCUCUUUUAGCAAAAAAAUAAAAAUAAAUGUUAUUUGUGAUUAUUAAACAGCAGUCUGUUAAUGUAUUUUAAAUAAUAUCUAUUGUUGAUGUUUUGUAAACGCGUUUUGCUAUAGAGCACCCGUCUCUAAUAUUAUGAUUUAUAGUUAACAGACUUAAUGGCCUUUGUGGUGGAAUAAAAUAAUUUUAUUUUGCAACAUUAAAAUAUUAUAUAUAUAUUGUUUUUAAUAUUUCCAUGCUUUUCAACGCAGAAUGUAUAUAUAUAUUUUUUCUUCUUGUCAAUAGAAAUAUUUAUGUAGAUUUUUGGAAGGUUCUACUGAAAAACUACAACAGUGUAUUUAUAAAAUAAAUAGAAUUUAAAAAAAAAUACAAUUUAUUUAUAAUGCAUUCUGUUUUUCUUUUUUUUUCUGAUUUAUUUUACAAGGAGAUCUAAAAGUGCAUUUGAUUGGUCGCAAAUAAUUAUUUUGCUAAAGAGAAAUAUAUUAACAGGGCUAAUUAAAUAAAUAAAUACAUACAUACAUAACUAUAAAACAAUAGUUACAAUACGAAAGCACGACAAAAUUAAUGUUGUUAUUUAUUAACCGCCAGCAUGUUCAGUAGCGCUGUACAAUAAAUUGUGGUGCACAGGGACUGCAAGACACAUAGCAGGCCAGUGUAUAAAGGCCUCAAGUGACCUCUUCUAAUCCUCAUCCAGGCAACCAUGUGCUCUAGGCACCUCAAGUCUUUUUUUAACUCGUUAGCUGCCAAAGCGAAUGUGCAAGAUAUUGCACACUGUACAAGGUUAUGUACACUAAACAGUUAAUUGCAAAUAAUUUGAAAACCCAAUUGCAGAAAAGUAAAAAUUUGAACUGGAGUACUUUCAUUGCACAGCUGCAGUCAAAUCUGUGCUAGCAUGGAGUUUGCAAUCCAGUAUUUAGUUCACAACAAAUCACUGUUCACUAAAUACACCCCAUGGUAUUUAAUGCCCAGAUUAUAGGCAAAAGUUUGUAUGUGAAUCUGAAGCAAGUCAGUAUAAGGAUGGGGGUGGACAGCAGUGGGGUCUAUUUUGUAAGUUUGAAACAAGCUGCUUCCCUGCCCUGCCCCCCUCCCCCCCCCCUUUUUUUUUUUUGCUUGACUCUCACUAAUGCAAGAUGACUGAGCUGGGGCAAAGUUGAGGCUGAAUCUUAAGAUCCAAGUGCCUGGUCUGUAAUGGUCAGUUUAACAUUAAACCCCUUACACUGACUCAGCCGUAUUUAAAAUAUUGAAAAUAUUGGGAGGUGAUACAGUUAUACCAUGUCUAUAGCUUCUGACUUGACCCAAACUUAAAAAAGAAAACAAGGACAGAUUCAUUUUAUAACCUUCCUUUGAGACCAUUUUUUUCUCUCUCCAAAGUUUGUCUGUAGUGAAUUAGAGUGAAUAGAAAUCAGUGAGGAAUAAAAAAAAAAGUGUAGCCCAAACUAUCCAAUUUCUCUCCCCUCUCCAAAAAAAAAUAAAUGCUUGUGGUGAAAGUAUAAAUUAAUUCAUUUAUUUGCAGAUUUUUGGAGAAGUGCAACAAUAGGUUUAAAGGAAUGAUCAGUUGAGAUAAAAAUGACUUAUCAAAACUUGUCAAUCUUCAUAUCAUGGCAAUAAUAGCACACAAACCCUGUACAGAUGUGUAUAUUAAAAUAUUGGGCCAUCACAACAGUGUUUUAGAAAAGGAGUCUGAGAUAUUGUAGUAAAACUUAGUUUUAAAGAUAUACCUGCAUUCAAUCUUUAUAGAGCAAAACCCACCCUUUAUUUAUUAGGUAUAGGGUUGUAUAAGACUGAGAAUAGACUUUUAAAUUUAGACCAACACAGAUAUCUCUUUAAUUCUGUUUAUUGUGAUAUAUGCUACAAAUUCAUCAAUUAUAUUUAGAAUUCUAGAAUAUUUUUUGAAACAUUCUUUUUGUACUCACUUAGAAAUUGGAAAGGAGUUGUCAUCAUAGUGUACAAUUUAGUAAAAGAUCAGGGAAAAGCUCUAGUGAAAUAUCAAUUAAAAAUUCAAUUUACCUUAAUAAUCAGUAUGUAGAGUAUUUUUUUUACUGGGCAGAGAAAAACCUAAUGCCAAUAAAUACAUAAAUAAUAUAUAUUGGAAUUAUGUCUCAAAAGACAAACAUCUAUUUAAAUAGCUUUUUUAAUCAAGAGAAAUUCUUGAAUAUUGUGAAGAAAUAGUAAGCACAUUAAUUAAACAAAUCAAGCCAUUAGUCUUCAUAUGAUUCUAAUUAUCCUUUAGGUUUCCAUUAUUUAGCAUAUAUCUGUACUCUGUGCCAUAUUUAUAUAAUGAUAUAGUAUAGAUAUAUAUCACAAAUUAAAAGAUAUUGCUUAUAUAUAACAUUCUUAUUUCUCUUAAUAGUUACUUCCUGGUUCCUAUAUAAAUUCUUAUUACUGAUUGUGUAUAGCUUGCUAUAACUCCUCCUAUUACUCUAUAUAAUACCUUGAUAUAACAUAUCCUAUUACUCUAUAUAAUACCUUGCUAUAACCCCUCCUAUUACUCUAAUAUCUUGCUAUAACUCCUCCUUUUACUCUGUAUAAUAGCUUGCACUUACCCCUCCUAUUACUCUUUAUAAUAGCUUGCUAUAACCCCUCCAAUUACUCUAUUUAACACCUUGCUAUAACUCCUCCUAUUACUCUAUAUAAUACCUUGUUAUAACUCCACCUAUUAAUCUAUAUAACACCUUACUAUAACCCCUCCUAUUACUCUAUAUAAUGCCUUGCUAUAAACCCUCCUAUUACGCUAUAUACCACCUCCUAUUAUUCUAAUACCUUUCUAUUACUCUAUAUAACACCUCCUAUAACUCUAAUACCUUGCUAUAACUCCUCCUAUUUCUCGAUAUAAUAUCUUGCUAUAACUCCUCCUAUUAAUCUAUAUAAUAGCUUGCAAUAACCCCUCCUAUUACUCUAUAUAAUACCUUGCUAUAACUCCUAUUACUCUGUAUAAUACCUUUCUAUAACGGCUCCUAUUACUCUAUAUAACACCUUGCUAUAACACCUCCUCUUACUCUAUAUUAUACCUUGCUAUAACUCGUCCUAUUACUCUAUAUAACACCUCCUAUUACUCUAUAUUAUACCUUGCUAUAACUCCUCCUAUUACUCUAUAUCAUGGGUCCUCAAACUCUGGUCACCCAGAUGUUGCUGAACUACAACUCCCAUGAUUCUUUGAAUUACAUAGAUAGCCAGAGAGUCAUGGGAGUUGUUGUUCAGCAACAUCUGGUGGGCCGGAGUUUGAGGACCCAUGUUCUCUGUAAUACCUUGCUAUAACCCCUCCUAUUACUGUUUAUAAUACCUUGCUAUAACUCCUAUUAAUCUAUAUAAUAGCUUGCAAUAACCCCUCCAAUUUCUCUGCAUAAAAUCUUGCUAUAACUCCUCCUAUUACUUUAUGCAAUACCUUUCUAUAACUCCUCUCAUUACUCUAUAUAAUACCUUGCUAUAACCCCUCCUAUUACUCUAAUACCUUGCUAUAACUCCUCCUAUUACUCUAUAUAAUAGCUUGCAAUUACCCCUCCUAUUACUCUAUAUAAAACCUUGCUAUAACUCCUCCUAUUACUCUGUAUAAUAACUUGCUGUAACUCCUCAUAUUACUCUAUAUAAUACCUUGCUAUAACUCCUCCUAUUACUUUAUGCAAUACCUUUCUAUAACGCCUCCUAUUACUCUAUAUCAGGGAUAGGCAACCUUCGGCACUCCAGAUGUUGUGGACUACAUCCCCUAUAAUGCUCUUACACCCAUAAUGCUGGUAAGGCAUCAUGGGAGGUGCAGUCCAAAACAUCUGGAGUGCAGAAGGUUGCCUAUGCCUGCUCUAUAUAAUACCUUUCUAUAACUCCUUCUAUUACUCUAUAUAACACUAUUACUCUAUAUGAUAUCUUGCUAUAACCCACCUAUUAAUCUAUAUAGUAUCUUGCUAUAACCCCUCCUAUUACUUUAUAUAAUACCCUGAUAUAACUCCUGCUAUUACUCUAUAUAAUAUCUUGCAAUAAUCCCUCCCAUUACUCUAUAUAAUAGCUUGCAAUAAUCCCUCCUAUUAUCCUAUAUAAUACCUUGCUAUAACCCCUCCUAUUACUCUAUAUUAUACCUUGCUAUAACCCCUCCUAUUACUCUAUAUAACACCUCCUAUUAUUCUAAUACCUUGCUAUAACCCCUCCUAUUACUCUAUAUAACACCUCCUAUUACUCUAAUACCUGGCUAUAACCCAUCUAUUAAUCUACAUAGUAUCUUCCUAUAACCCCUCCUAUUACUCUAUAUAAUACCUUGCUAUAACUCCUAUUACUCUGUAUAAUAACUUGCAAUAAUUCCUCCUAUUAUUCUAUAUAAUAGCUUGCUAUAACCUCUCCUAUUACUCUAUAUAAUAGCUUGCUAUAACCCACCUAUUAAUCUAUAUAAUAUCUUCCUAUAACCCCUCCUAUUACUCUAUAUAAUAGCUUGCUAUAACCCCUCCUAUUACUCUAUAUAAUACCUUGCUAUAACUCCUCCUAUUACUGUGUAUAAUAACCUUCAAUAAUUCCUCCUAUUAUUCUAUAUAAUACCUUGCUAUAACCACUCCUAUUACUCUGUAUAAUACCUUGCUAUAACUCCUCCUAUUGCUCUAUAUAAUAGCUUGCAAUAAUCCCUCCUAUUACUCUAUAUAGUAGCUUGCUAUAACUCCUCCUAUUACUCUAUAUAACACCUUGCUAUAACCCCUCCUAUUACUCUAUAUAAUAGCUUGCUAUAACUCCUCCUAUUACUCUAUAUAAUAGCUUGCAAUAAUCCCUCUGCUUGCUAUAACUCCUCAUAUUACUCUAUAUAACACCUUGCUAUAACCCCUCCUAUUACUCUUUUUAACAGUUCAUUAAAACUCCUCCUAUUACUCCAUAUAACCGCUUUCCGUAUUACCCCAUCUAAUUAUGACAUACAAUAGUUCUUCUUAACCCCUCCUACUAUUUGAUAUAACAGUUCCCUAAUACCCUCCCAAUUACUUUACAUAAGGCUCACUCUAACGCCAUCCAUUUCAGGGGAUAGUAGUUUACUAUUUCUUAUUGUAACAAUUUUCUUUAUCUUCUUAAACAAAGAAUUCCUCAAAAGAUUACAGAAAACAACAAAUCCAUGAUAAAUUCAAUCCGUCUAUAUAAAACUUUUUCAUAACCUGAUUCAGCUUUUUUUUAUUUUUAAGUCUUCAUCAAUAUCUACUUAUAUUUCUUCCUAUAGCAUGUGUUUUGAUAUGUUGCGUGUAUACACAGCACAAUCUAAUAAGUCUGAACAGGCCUUCGCUGUCAUGGAUGAAGUUCUGCGAUAGUCAAGGCAAUCUACUCGAUACACAACAGGCCAAGCAACUCAACCAUGCGGAAACCUAACAAAAAUAUAGCAGUACAACAAUUGCGAAGGAAUCUGUGGGCAGCUGGAGUAAACAGUACCUACGAGUGACAAGGGAACGAGGCACAGUUUUCUUGUAACCUGUAGAAUGAGGGACGAAAGAAGAAAAUGAUCAGAGCAGACCCGAGAUUCUCCUACAGCCGGCCUACUCUGCUUAGCAAGGGCUAAGCUCACGGGGGCUAAGCCUGAUCUUUGUGAAGGGAGCACAGAAAACAUUUGACAGGUCGUGAAUAAUCAUUUUAAUGAGUGCGUAAAGCGUGCGACGGGGUGUUCGGAUCUGUCGGGUUAAACAAACAACUUGUACCCAGAGCAAAUCCCAUUGUUUAAGUGCAAAGUGGUGUCAGUUCAAUUUCCCGGCUCUUCCUAAAACUUACAGAUCAAACGCAAGGGUGUCCAGUGUUUCUCCAUUAAGAAAAAAAAAUAACAAUAUUUUAGUAACGUGAGUUUGAUCUCCUUUUAUAAUCAGGAUCCCCCCCCCCCUUAAUCCUCUCCUUAACCCUAAUUGCUCCUUUUGCCCCCUGUUAACCUAUUUCUGCCUCUAUUGCUCAUACUUACCCAUCAGCUCCUAAAUGCAUGACUACUUUUUUUAUCACCUUGUCUUAUUUCUACAUAUAAAAUUCCCUUAAUUUCAAUUUUUGUUUGUUCAGAGCCACUCGUAACCUUCAUGGAAACUCGCCUCUCACUCUCUCUGGGAAGGAAUGAGUAAAUAUUCGCAAGGUUAUUCGGUAAACUAUAAAUUGUUCUUGAUUCACCAGGGAAUUUAAAAUUUUAGGUUAAAUUAGUGAAAAUGGAACAUUUCUUUAAGUUAGCUGAGAUCCCAGGCCAGCUAAUUUUGGAUCCUGACCCUGGGGUUUAAAAUCACAAACUUUACGUUGCAGUAAGACUACCAGACACAACUUGUGUUUCCACUGAGGAACGUUAUUGAUGGUUAAGGUCACUCAGCAAUGAAGGGAUACACAGUGUGUUGAGAGAUAAAACAGGUUUAAGCAAUGGAAGACUAUUAAAAUUAUGACAAGUCUUCUGACAGACUUGAGGAUGUGUUUAAUGUAAAUCAGACCCUAUGUAAUGAGAAGUCCUUAUUUUCUAUAAGUAUUAAUAAUUACAAAAAACAACACAUAAAAAAAUUCAAAUAUAUAAAAUAUGGGGAAAUUUGGGUUAAUAAUUUUAUGUGGAAAACAAAAAAACAAUAUAUCUAGCCUGUUCUUUAAGUGCCGAGAACAUUUUGAGUCUACCUCUGAGAUUACUUCAGUUUGUUGGGUUUCUGUACCUUGACUUCAGUUGUGUAUGGUGUAGGCAAACAAUAUUGACUUAUUUAAAUAUCAAAAAGUUUAUUUAUUUUAAGAUUUUAUUUUUUUUCUGUAAAAUUGAUCUAGUAAGCCCUGAAUGUUACUUUAAUUUGCUAAAUUUGGGAAGAAUAGUCAAAUUUAAAAUAUCAUUUUAGUGUAGUCUAAAGAUAUGUCGAUUUGGUUCAAGCCUGCUUUAAAAUAAAGCAAACAUUUUUUUAUACGCAAAGUAUAGGAAGUUGGACAUUUUUUAUACAUCAAAGUGGAUCCAUAGUUCAUCUAAUUCCUCACUUCAGCUACUGUUUGCUACAUCCCCUCAGUUCCAUCUCGAAACUCACAUUGUCAUUAUACUUGUGCACUUAAAAAAAAAUAAUAAUUUCACUUGAAUCAAUUCAUAUGGAAAAAAUAUUUUGGGCUCUUUGGCUUUUGUCCAUAUGGCAUUUUAGUUCGAAUUAAUUUUGUCCAUGGAAUCCUUCCAGGAAAAAAUGUUUUAGAUGAACCAAAAUUUUGUGAAAAUUGACCAAUCAGUGUAUUGCAAAACAUAUAUAUAAUACAAAGUGAUAUUAGUGAUAGUCACAUGUUCAACUAUUAGUAGUAUUAGUUACUGCAUAUCUCCUUUCUUUUUGCCCCACCACCUGCUCCCUUGAUGUCAUUUCCUUGCACCUUCUCAGAUUUCUUCUCCUUGGCUUAUACCAUUCCCAACAUACAUCUACAAUUGUUCUCUUUAUCUGGCGUUGUUCCCAAUUUCCUUAAACAAGCCACUGUCUCUACUACCCUAAAAAAAAGUAAUUUCUUGAACUCUCUGCUCCAUCUAAUUAUCAUCCAAUAUUCCUAUUCCGUCUUACCUAUAAAAUUCUUGAAAGACUUUUCUGUACCUGCUUGACCCAUCUUCUCAACUCGAACUUUCUGUGAUCCUCUUCAAUAUGAUGUUCACACCCUGCAUUUAACAGACAGUGAUCUAACUAAAGUGUCUAAUAAUCGAAUCGUGGCUAAGCCAAAGGCUUCUACUCCAACAUAAUUUUUAUGGACCUCUAUGCUAUCACACUCUUCUGUGCCAAACCCUUCAUACCAAUGGUCUUCAUCGCAAACCCUUCACACCCUUGACCUUUCUUUGCCGAUUCUCAUCUUAUUAUUCUUAUUGUUCCUUCAGUGUAUACUUUUUUUGUAACACUUUUACUUCUCAACUUGUAUCAGUUGGAAUCCACCAAGUCUAUGUCCUUGGUCCACUUAUAUAUUUUAUUCACAAUGCUUCACUUAUAGCACAUAUGCGUUCCUUUGGAUUGAAUGUACUACCCAUAUCCCAAUGGCAACUAGAUAGGCUUCGCCUCCACUGAUCUCUGAUGUCACCAGGUGCCUCUUUUCCAUUUCCAAAUAGAUUCUUUACACUUCACAAAGCUCAAUCUUUCACAAAUGUAUUUUCACUUCUCUACUUAUACAAUUAGUGCUCUGCUCUCACUCUCCUUGAAAAAUAUUUCCAUGUUCAUCAGCCUUUCCUUGCAAGCCCACUGCCUUGGUAUUAUCUAACCUUUAUAAUCCAUACACUGCCUGUAGGCUUGUGUAUCUCUUAAAUCCCCACCAACUGGUGCAUUCUUGGCAAUGACUGUGCAUUUAGUAAGUUUCAGCUGGAGAGGAAAGGAUGCUAUUUUAGAAGACUUGCCGCUCGAUUAAAAGGAUAUUGGUUGUGGGGGGGGGGGGGGGGGGGGGAAGAAGGGGGCCACCUGACAUCUAGAGGGGUAAAGGAAUACCCCAAACAGUAGAACAGAAUUUUAGCUUUUAACAUUUGCGUGUUCUUUAGAUGUAUGUAUUGUAUAUUAAUAUUUGUGUCUAUAUUAGAAAUAUAAAAAAUAUAUGCACAUAUCUAUAAUCUAUACGCAUGCAUUUAAAAAAAUAAUAAUAACCUUGAUGUUUUAAAAACACACACACACUCACUGACGCAUGCACAAACUCUCACUGACACACAUACUGACACAAAAACACUACGUGACAAAAACACACACACUGGCAUGCACAGUCACAGAUAUGCAAACACACUGGCAUAAAUACUUUAACUGUCACACACAAACACACACUCAACUUUAACAAACACUCACUCUGACACUUACUCACUAACAGACACUGCCUUUACCAGAGGUGCUUGGCACAAAGUCAUACAGCCUGAUCCCUUGCCCUUAGGCCAUUGUGAUCUGACAUCAUAUAUCGGCAGCUUUAGCUCUGUGCACUCAGAGAGGAGCCAGUCACUUCUCGCUAACAAGAAGAAGGCAGCAGACAGCACCAGCAAGCCCCAAUUAACAGUGACCCACCAGGAAAUUUCUCAGUAUCCUGAUGGAUCAUUCUGUCCCUUCACAGAAUAACUGGUGGGAUGGGGAAGCUCUGCACACCCGCCUGCAGCCUGUCACUCAGACUUAUGAACCCCAUGGGCUGAUGUGCCUUAAGGCGGCUUCCUGUGCCACCUUAUGGUAGUGCCAAAUUUGCCCUCUUGACAUAUCUUCAUCUUCACUAAUUCAGACACACCUUUGUCACUCUGCUCUGACCUUCUCCAGUCCUAUUUACACAUUUGUACUAGUAAUUCUCACCUAGAGGACUUCUCAAGGGCAGCUCUGUUCCUAUGGAAUGGCUUACCCCACUUAUCAGACUUCUCCCUAGUCUUCAAUCCUUUACGAAGUCCCUUAGAAUGAUCUCUUCCAGCAAGCUUAUAGCCCCCCGGGUAAUAUUCAGAAUCAUUAUUUAAAGCUGUCUGCCUCCUUUUUAAAAAAAUAUAUUUCUCAAAUCUCUUAGUAAAACUUUUCAUAUGAUGUACCUACAGAUAUCCCCAUUAAAGUCUAUGAGGAUUUUUUUAGAUAAAUAAUUUUGAAGGGUUCUUCUAACAGAUUUGAAUCAUUUAAAAAAAAAUGUAUCCAAAAAUAUUAAAUCGAGGACAUAAUUAGUUGCUCCAAAGUCCUCCUCACUUUCCUGCCUUCCACCUCUACAGCUUCCCGCACACUCACUUGUUGAUCUUAGCCCUAUGUUUCUCUUACUUUUGUGGUUUUAUACCUUAUCGAGGUAAUAAUAAUAUUUAGUUUCUUGCUUGUUUUCUGCUACAUGCUCUCAUUAAAAUUGUAAAGCGCUGUGUAAUGUGUUGGAACUAUUUAAAUGUAAAAUAAAUGUGAUCAUGUAGCCCUGUAGUGUUCCUUUAAUAAGACGAUAAAGCAUACUGUAUCUAGAACCAAUGAGCAUAUACAUUUAUGUACCCUACUCCACGAUGGUGGGUGGUCAUUGUUGCCAACUACAGCUUGGCAUGAAUGCCAAAUGCACUUGUUUUAUCAGUUAAAUUUAAGUUGCACUUAUAAAAACAUCUCAUAUAUAGAAGUAUUUUAGAAACUGUUCUUAAUGUGAUUAAAUUCAAACAAGUCAAUAAAUGAGACAACAGGAUUAGUAGCAAGGCAUAUUUUCAGUGACCCGCACAAAAUCUGUAAGGUAUUAUCAUGCACAUAUAAAGGUUUAUUGACUUGUGAUGAAAAUAAGAUUUGCAUAAGGGUAAGACGAUACCUUCAUAUGACAAAAAGGGUGUAGCUGGAAAAAUAAAUAGACCUGUAACAAAAUGAAUAAAGGCAAGGAAUGUUUCAGUUAUGAAACAGACUAAGAAAAUGCAUUUGUUUACUACCAGAAGUGAGAGGAUAAUAAUUAUAUAAAUAUUUGAUGAAUCGGUACAAACAGCCCCACGUUGAACUGUUCAUUAAAAGAACUGUACAAAGAACACCAAGGGACUCAUUAACAUUAAAGAAAAGGACAGUUGACCUACAGCAGAAGAUUUAUCUAAAAUUGUUACCUAAGGAGAAUGGGACAACAUGUGGGUUUGGGUAGAGUUGAGCAGAAAUUAAGAAACAUAAGUGCUCCUCUACAGAGAUUAUAUAUUGGAGUAUAAGAGGAGGAAUAGAGUCCAAAUCUGGCACAUCUAGUAUUUGACUUUGUGAAAUCAGUAUAUUUGUACUUGUACUACAUUAAAACUAUUUUGUUUCACCGUGGUGAUAAUAUCUUGUAAAAGCAACAAUUUAUUGGAUGGCUAAAUUCCUGAUGAUUAGCCAAUCCGAAUACAAGUUAAACACAUUUUCCUGAAAGUAGGACAUGUUGCCAAGCAGUAAAUAAUGGUCCUACCAGGCAAUAUAUAUAGACGUUAAACGUCCAGAAAGCUAUGUUCUUCAAACCUUUUUAGAGAUAUGUAUGUGAUCAUGUGGUGAUGUUAAAUGCAGCAUAUUCAAUUAUAUAAUUACUCAGAUAUAGUAGUCUAUCUCAAGGACACAUUGUUAAUUGACAAGAAUAUGCUUUCUCAAGAAGUCCUAGGCAUAAACUUAAGUCAACAUAUUUUUACCACAGCUUAUUUUGCCUAAAUUGACCUGUUUUCUUGACCAAUCCCACUAAAAUAAAAUUGUAAUACAGCCUAAAAAACAGGGGUCAAGAAAAUGUUCUUGCUCUCUCCAAGUUAAAAGGGUAAUCCAGACAUGGACCCAUUGCUCAUGUUGCCUGGAAGGGUAUCAGCCAAACCUCAUUGACAAGACAUAACAAGGUUGAAACAAUCAUCUGGGGUUGCUGUAACAAGGUCGAAACAAUCGUCUGGGGUUGCUGUAACAAGGUUGAAAUGAUCGUCUGGGGUUGCUGUAUCUCGUGCCGAGAGAGUCCGCCUGCAUUUCAGAUCUGGACUGCCCUUUUGGGUGGGAUCAGUCUGAUAUGAAAAUAGGCUCUCUUUGUAAUUGCACAAGAUGAACUAAAACCAGCUUGGGCUCUGAGCGGGGACGCACCAAAGGGAAAGUUAAUUGAGCUGUUGUCCAUUCUCAGAAUUCUCUGGCACCCUAUUUUUUUGCUGUAAUUCAGCCUAGUAACAGUAAAUAUUUAUCUUCUACUGCCUACUUUCUCCUUGUUUCUUCAUCCACGGACCACCCUACCAUUGCCCUCCUUAUAGUCCUACCUUAAUAUUCCACACUUUGACCAUAUUCCCACUGUGACCGUUGACAUUCUUCCCACUAUUUGCCUGUAUAUUAGACAUUAUUUGCAGCUACUAUUACAGGAUAUCUUCACCAAAAAUAGUUAUUACUCAAUAUGGGUACAUUUACAACUACUUUCAAUUUUAUAAUCAAUGUAGAUAACUGACCAUUUGUCAAUUUUACAUUAUUGUUAAAGAAUACGUCUUUGCACAUCUUGAAAUAAUUUUGGUGCAAAAUCAGAAAGCAUUUCAUACACAAUAAAUAUAUACAGAAGACAUUCAAUAUGCCUUCACACGCAUCUGGAGCCAGUAUGGAUUAAUUCAGAGAGGGUUUAUUUCAAAGCUAAUUUGGAUCAAUUCACUGUUUGUUUUGUUCAGUGUGCAUGAUAGUAAACUGACUGCAUUUCAUAUGAAUGUGGGCCUCCAAAUUGCCCUGAAUUGCUCCAAAUGAAUCUUUGCUGCCGCAAUAUUGAACUCUAGUAAAUAAUCCACUUUGUGUUCAUGGGAAGGACUUAAAACAACUGUAUAGGUUAGUUUAUGUCUGUGAAAAUUGUUUGUCAUACCCUUUAAUGAACAUAUUUUUAAUGAAUACGUCCAGAUUUGUUGUUGCUUAGUUAAAAAAAAGAUUGGCGUUCUUUCCAACUAAUAAACACCUACUGCUCUAUAAGAAUUCUAAUUACAUAUUAUUACUAUAUAUAUAAUAUGUGUUUAUUAGUUGAACUCAUUUGUAUAUGCCCACCCAUAAUCCCUUGCAGUAGUAACAGCACUGUAAAUGUGAGAUUUAUUUGGGAAGAACAAGUUUUACAGCCUGUUUGGUGUGUGCAGGUCUGUGUUCAACAAUUUAUUUACUAUAUACACUGAAUAAAAUGUUAAACGCAACACUUUUGUUUUUGCCCCCAUUUUUCAUAAACUGAACUCAAAGAUCUAAGACUUUUUCUAUGUACACAAAAAGGCCUAUUUCUCUAAAAUAUUGUUCACAAAUCUGUCUAAAUCUGUGUUAGUCAGCACUUCUCCAUUGCCAAGAUAAUCCAUCCACCUCACAGGUGUGGCAUAUCAAGAUGCUGAUUAGACAGCAUGAUUAUUGCACAGGUGUGCCUUUUCAUCACACAUCACAAUGCCACAGAUGUCGCAAGUUUUGAGGGAGCGUGCAAUUGGCAUGCUAAAUGCAGGAAUGUCCACCAGAGCUGUUGCCUGUUAAUUGAAUGUUGAUUUCUCUACCAUAAGCCGUCUCCAAAGGCGUUUCAGAGAAUUUGGCAGUACAUCCAACCUGCCUCACAAACGUAGACAACGUGUAACCACACCAGCCCAGGAUCUCCACAUCCAGCAUCUUCACCUCCAAGAUCGUCUGAGACCAACCAUCCGGACAGCUGCUGCAACAAUCGGUUUGCAUAACCAAAGAAUUUCUGCACAAACUCAUGGGAUCUCAACCUGACUGCAGUACGUCAUCGUAAUCAACUUAAGUGGGCAAAUGCUCACAUUCGAUGGCAUCUGGCACUUUGGAGAGGUGUUCUCUUCACAGAUCAAUCCCGGUUUUCACUGUACAGGGCAGAUGGCGUUGUGUGGGUGAGUGGUUUGCUGAUGUCAACGUUGUGGAUCGAGUGGUCCAUGGUGGCGGUGUGCUUAUGGUAUGGGCAGGCGUAUGUUAUGGACAACAAACACAGGUGCAUUUUAUUGAUGGGAUUUUGAAUGCACAGAGAUACCGUGACGAGAUCCUGAGGCCCAUUGUUGUACCAUUUAUCAACAACCAUCACCUCAAGUUGCAGCAUGAUAAUGCAUGACCCCAUGUUGCAAGGAUCUGUACACAAUUCCUGGAAGCUGAAAACAUCCCAGUUCUUGCACGGCGAGCAUACUCACCAGACAUGUCACCCAUUGAGCAUGUUUGGGAUGCUCUGGAUCGGCAUAUAUGACAGUGGCAUAUAUGACAGGUCCUGACAAUAUCUAGCAACUUCGCACAUCCAUUGAAGAGAAGUGACAAACAUUGCACUGCAUGAGGCAAAUGGUAGUCACACCAGCUACUGAUUGUUUUUUGGACCCCCCAAUACAGUAAAACUGCACAUUUUAGAGUGAUCUUUUAUUGUGGCCCACCUAAGGCAAACCUGUGCAACAAUCCUGCUGUCUAAUCAGCAUCUUGAUAUGCCACACCGGUGAGGUGGUGGGUUAUCUCGGCAAAUGAGAAGUGCUCACUAACACAGAUUUAGACAGAUUUGUGAACAAUAUUUUAGAGAAAUAGGCCUUUUUGUGUACAUAGAAACAGUCUUAGAUCUUUGAGUUCAUCUCAUGAAAAAUGGGGGGAAAAACUAAAGUGUUGCAUUUAUAAAUUUGUUCAGUAUAUAUAUAUAUAUAUAUAUAUAUAUAUAUAAAUAUCCUGAAUAAACAAAAUAGGCAAUGCAAAAAUAUCAAUUGGAGUCCAAUAGGCAAGUAGUAAUAUGGUAAGUAGAUUUUUUGAGAGACUCUGCCUUCUUCAGUAUUCCUUAUCAUUGACCCCAUGUCCUGCUUAAUUUUGCGACCCAUGUCUUACAAGCAUUUUCCAAUUAUUAGAAGAGGACAACCCUGAGAACAGGCCACUUGUGUUGGCAGGAUAUGUUGUUAUUAUUUUUAGAUAUUUAUGUAGAUCAAAUUUCUCUGUUUAAAACACAAAAGGUAACCCUAGACAAAAUCCAACAACCAUACAGACGGCUGGAGAAUUUUCAAAUUUGGCUAUUUCGGCCUACAAAUUACAAUUCUUUGGUAGAUUCCUGAGAACUACUGAAUUUGUGAAUGUAUAUACCUUAUAGGGUCAAAAUUUUCUACGGGAUAUGUGGCGAAACGACCUCGCCACUGGGCAUUGGAGAAGACUGAUUGCCAGCCUCCUGCCAUGUGACUAUGGCCCCUGGAAUGUAUUGCCCUUUAAAGACAUGAUUUGGGAAUAAGGGAUUUGUGCUGUGCUGCUGCUGGCCCUUUAAGAACCAUCUGAGGACAUACUGUGGAGUUACUGGGUGGCCACCAUUUCCUGUAUCAGAGGCACAUGGUGAGAACAAUGGAUGAAGCACAUGGUGAGAACAAUGGAUGGCGGCCAUUUUAACUCACAGACACUGUUUGGACUUUUCAACACAGUGCCAUCUUGCCAGUAUUUGGUGCACAGAGACAUUGUGCAGUGGUUUUGGACUAUACAGCAGGGGACACAUUAUACAGUGAUUGUUUUUCAUUUAGCCUGUAUAUGUUCUGCAGAAUCUGCAUUAAACUGUAUCUUCCAAAGUACUGAACGGAUCUGGGUGAAUUUUGGAUAUGUGGUUCAUCCAGAUCCCCCGGUUCCAAGGAUAUACUUUAUGGGGUUAUUGCAUGUUUUGGGGUCCCUGUGAUGUGUUUUAGGAAACUGUAUUUCUCUGUCUGUGAUAAUUAGAUUACCCAUUGUGUAAGGUAAUUGUACUACAGGCAGAGGGGAGGAUUUUGUGUGGGAGUGUCUGUGUGUAUUGUACAGAUUGAUUGGUUGUUCUGUAAAACCCUGUGGGCAGUACUAAGUUUGUGGAUUGGGAAUAAAAGAGGCUGUCUGUGCCAGUCCAGUCAGUUCCUGCUUAACCCUCAAAGUGAAGUGUCGUCUCAUUAUUGGGGGAAGGAUUUAUUGUAUGCUGUUCCAGUUUGACUGCUAGGAGAGUAAACCUAUUCGUAUGGUUCCUAUUCAACUGUCUACAGCAUUCAUAUGCUCCUACGGUUUGGUGGUUUUGGUGUCUGCUGCAGUGCUUGGAGUGCUCAGGAAGUGCUAGGAGCAUCCUUCAACGGAGGUACCCAGUCGGGGUGCCAGGUGAUCCGUUACAGGAUACAUCUCAUACAUUUUUUAAUACAAAUGUAAAAUGUUAACAUUAUUUUAUUAUUUUACUAUUUUUAUAUAUCCAAAACUGGAGUUACCUUAAAUUGCCAUGUAUAUUUUGUACACAUUUUGAUCCUGAAGUGUGAAGAAUGUCCUUAUCUUAUUUCUUGGGAAAAUAACUCAUGCAAAACAGCUUUAUUAUUGGGUGAACGGGCAAUACUUCUCCUCUAGCUUAAUAUUUUACAGCUUAGAACAUACUUGGAGAAAUAGCUGGUGCACCUAAAGGCUUUGCUAGUUUUUUGGGCCCUUGAAGGACUGAAAUCUUUAUUCCAACUAUUUGCAAUAAACCAUUAUUUUGAGGUUUGAUUGUCUCAUAGAGUGUAGCUUAGUUUUUAUCUUCAAAUUUUGUAAGAUUAUAUACUAGGUCCGGUGCUUAAAGUGGGUGCAUUUGAUAUCAGUCAAUCUUUAGGAAGUUUUGUGAAAGUAGGAAAUAUUUAAAAUUGUUGGCUUCAAUUCUUGGUAGCCAGGUUUGGCAAAGACCAGAAAGGUCAAAAUCUUUCUGGGUUUAUCUUUGGUCACCUUGAAAGAUUGAUGUUUACAAUUUUCUUUCUGAAAUUUUGAGGGUCAAGAUAUUAGGACUAUGCACUGGGUACAACUGUCCAAAGACUGUAGAGUUCUGGUUCAGAAUUGAAUAUGCCAGGUUCAGACCAAAGUAAAAAAAAGUGUGUAAUUGAUAGGAUAUUUAGGGAUUCUGCUAGUGUACCUGCAAUAGAGGAUAAAACAUAGUGCAAAUAUUGUUUUAUACUUUAAAAUAAUAUAAUGAUUUAUAUGCACUCACAAAUUCCAAAUUGGUAAAGCGUAUUAUGGGUGCCUCCCCACGAUGUGGAUGUUUUUUUUUUGUUAAAUAUCCCUCCUCGAGUGAUAGCCAAUGAGGUAUCAGGGUCAGCAAGAUGGUCCAACAGACUCCAACCAGAUGAAUACUUCAAAGGCAAUUUAUUCACUUCAUAAAAUCAGGAGGUGUACAAAUAAAGCGAAAAAAACAAAUAUAAGAGAAUCGCUGGUCCUACGCGUUUCGUCCUUAUGCAAAAGGACUUCCUCAGGGACCUCUUUCAAUAAAAACAACAAUCAAAUGUACAGAAACUAACAAGGCAUCCUUAUAUAGGGCUAAUCCAUUCAAGUCAUUGGUGGAAUAGUGGGUGUCUUCCCUCUUCUAGACUUCUAUUCGUCCGGUAUUUUUCUCCAGGUGUAGUUGCUUUACCAAAAAUGUCGGAUUCCAUCCGCAUUGAGCCACUUCCGCAUACGUCACGCUUUCCGUUUUUCAUCACGUGACCAGUGUGCGUUCCACACUCGAAAAAUAACAUGGCCGUGCGUUCCACAUCAUAAUAUUAACAAUUGUAACCUGGAGACCACUAUUCUUGCACACAGUGGUUAUACCCGGAAAGCUAAACGAGAGGGCUGUUAAAUAUUAUAUACAAGAGCAAUAAUAAUGAUAUAUCCUCAAUAGUUCAUCACUAACUGAAUUCUUUUUAGAUUGAAUGCAACAACUUCCUAUCCAAGUUGAACAUUUUGAAAAUGUUUUUUUUUUUUUUUUUCCUUUUCCAAAGUAAAAAAAAAACCUGUCAAUCUAUGGUUAAUGUAAUGAAGAACAGAUUAAAGUAGAUAUAUCUUAGGUCUUUUUGCUGCUCAUUUUUUUUUUUUUUGUAGAUAGUUACACCUGUACAUGGUUUGUGUAUGAUGUAAAACUGAGAGCACUGCUAUUUUAAGAUUUCCUGGUGUUUCAGCAUAUGGUUUAAAUUUUAAAUUAAUUUCUUGGCAGGUUCCAAGUAAGUCAAUAGAGUAGAGAGUUAAAUGGCAGGGGGUAAAUGUACCUAAAAAGUCUCUUUUAACUUCUGAAUAAAAUGGUAAUAUUUUGAAAACAACAUUUAACACGAUAUGAAUUUUUAAUUAACAAUUAGAUUUAAUGGAGAACACGAAAAGGACUUUGACACUUCCUAAAUAAUCACUGAGUUAAUUAACAUUCUGACCCAGUCUAGUAUGCCUUCAUAUAGAAUACACAUAAGGUUAUAUAGCUCCAAUAUUUACCUAAAAAUAACUUAUAAAUAUGACAUUAUAUAGAUAUAAAUAUAUAAAAGGAAAAAUAGGAUGCACUCUCAGGUCUUGUAAAUAGAACAACUGGUGCUUUAAUAUUGAUCAAAAUUCUAUAUUAGCUGUGCAAAAAUCAAUCGACGUUUCGACCCAUUCGGGUUUUUUUCGAGAUAUGUAUAUAGUGCAACAAUUUGAGAAUGAAUUGUAUUAUGACAAAAACAAAAACAUGUCAGUGGUUAUUGUGUAGACUGGUUAAACCACAAAUGACAUUAUUUUUUUUUCACUUUCAUUAUAUUUUUAGCCUUGGGGUAAUUGGAUCACAUGUCCAAUGCUUAGACACAAGCCUGCUAUCAUUGUUCUGAAUGAUCACGUGGAGACCAAGCGCAAACAUUAAAUGAGCCACUAACUAAAUCCCGAACACCAGGCACAAUUGCAAUCUAGACUGGGGGAUUGAUUUACUAAACUGUGAGUCAUCAAGUUGCAAAAUGUAGGCCAGAAUAGUUAGGAUGGAAACAUUAUGUAAAUGUUCAGCGGUUUUAACGCUGCUGUAUUGGUCUUAAAUUUACAUCAUAGUUCUGUUUACUGAAUAAAUCAUUAAAGGGUUUUGUUUAUGAAAUGUAGGAUUAGGAUAACUUGAUCAUAUAUGGCUCCGCAAGCCUUUGUUUUCUAUAAUCUAAACAAAUUACUCAGCCCAUGGACAUGUUUAACAAAUAAGAAAUAAAUAAGAGAGAGACUGUAGCUUUGCGUACCCUAAGGCAUUUUGGGCCACAAACAUUGCUCUGCAAUGGAUCCUUCUCCGCCCUUUCAAAAUAAAGAAUAUUUAUAAUAUUUAUAUUAAAAAAACAACGGGAGGUAAUAAGCCUAAGAUCGUGUUUAUCAAUGUCCUGUAGAGCCAGAGGUCUACAAACAUUUCAAGGAAGAAGUUCCAGAAUCUGUACUCAAGCAGCAGUAAGGACAAUCAGUAUGAGAGCACCCAACUGUGCUUAAGCAAAUAUAUUCUUAAACUAUGACCCAUUUGUAAUGUAUCAGGGUAGAUGGAAUUAUCCGUGAAAUAAAACCAGAUGACCAUAAAAGGGGCAUUGAAUAGGACUUGUCAAGACAAAUUCAAAAUGGAAAUGUAUUCUCAUAACUAGAUAUACACAUUUGAAGUUCUAGGUCAUCAACAGUGUAAACAUACUUACUACAAGAAAUUAAAAUAAUAUGGGAAGUGUUUCCUCCACAUGUUGAUAUAUUGUGAACUGCAAUUACAAAAUGUUAAUUUGACACCUAGCGGAAAACAAUAUAUGAGUAAAUCAAAAGUUUGAGAAAACAGUGAUUAUGAGAUUAAUUAGAAAAUGUUGUGUUUUUAACAGUGAUUGUUUAAAAGAUUAGAAAACAUGUUAAUAUUUUGUCUAUUUUUUUUUUUAACUGUCACUAUGAAUCAGUUAGUGAUAUAACCAUUAGAGAAAGGGUUUUAAAGAUAGGAAUUUUAGGACAUUCUGUAGACAACUGUUCUAGGUAUCACACAGACAGUGAAAUAAAUAGGAUAAUAAUUUAAAUAAAUAGUAUUCUCAUUUGUCAAUACUUAAGACAUGCAAAGUGGGUUAGAUAUAUUUAAAAUUAAAAGAGUUCAUUUUUUUAAGAGGAAGAUUCGUGUGAUACUUUGCAUAGUUUUACAAUAGUUUAACAAUUAGGCUUGUUUCUCAGGUUCAUCUUAAGCACAAAAAUGAGUGGGUAUUAAUGUUCAAAGUGAGAAUAAGAGGCGAGCUAGACAAAGAAAAAUAGGAUUGCAGUCACUGUUCAAUUCAUUCACAUUGUGAUCAUAUCAACAUUCUGUGCACUAAAUAAAAAGAACCCAGAGAUAAUUUGUAUAAAGAUGUGAAUGGUGUCUACAGAUUGGUGCCUACAGGAAAAAAAGUCAAAUCUACAGGCACCUUGCAUGACUAAUAGUCCAUCAGGAGAUGGCAUAAAGAUUGAGAGAGGUGAGGGGUAAUACAUAAAUAGGUGGAUAAGGGGAUAGUGACAGCUGCUGUAACAGGUAGACAGGAUUAAUGAGAUGGGUAAAUAAUGACAUACAGUAUGGGGAAGUGAUAAGUAAUGAGGUUGUGAAAUGAGGUUUUCAUAGAGGACAAGAUGGAAAAAUUACAAGAGGAGAUGAGAUUUAGAGAGGAAAAUAUGAGUGGGAGUUUAACCUCUUCCUGUGAGUCUGCAGUGGCAGUAGUAGGGUAUAAAGAGAGAAACACACACACACAAGCACGCACACACACACAAGCACGCACGCACACACGUACUAGAGAGUAUUUUAAAAUAUUAUCAAAAAAUGAAAAUAAAAUGGCAAUGAGUGUAUUUUUGUAUAUGUUUAGUAAAAGCAAUUUCUAAUUAUACAGCAAUUAGGUGAUAGGUGAUAUUGUACCCUAAUUGUAACAAUGCAAUGAUUUGUGGACCCAGGACAUACUUGAAAACGAGAGAAAUCUCAAUGCAUCUUUCCUGGUAAAAUAUUUUAUAAAUAAAUAAAUAUCUGUUUAUGGUAAUGGCAGUUUGAUUUCCCAACUAAAUCUUAAACUAGAUGCUUCACUGUAGCAAAUUCUGAUACAAUGUGAGCAGAAUUAUUCCAUUAAACCUUCUAUGUACUGGCUGCAGGUUAUUUUUUAACACUGGGUUUGUAUGCACAUCUUCUUUAGAGAGUUCUGUGAUAAGUGUAUGGUUCUUUGGUUCAUAACAAAUAGCUUGAUACAUUCACAGGAAUGUGAUCUACAUCCGGUUACCUAAACUGUAGAGGUCAACAUUCUGGAAAUACAGGAGACCACAUCUCAUACAAACUAUGUAUUGGAAGACAUUCAAUAUCCUAUUAUCCAUGUAUGUAUCUAUAUAUGUAUAUAGGAAUGGAUUGCCCUUAGGCUUACCUGAAGUAUAUUAUGAAACGAUUGCUGUUGAAUUAUUUAUUUUUUUAAUUUUAUUAAUUUUCUUAAAUAAUAUUUAUAAACGUAUUGAUUUCUUCGGUGGGAUUCACACUGUGAGAGCAGGAUCAGAUCAAUGUUAUUUUGAGAUUAACCAAUGAAUUUCAAUAACAAGAGACAAAUAUAUAUAUAUAUAUAUAUAUAUAUAUAUAUAUAUAUAUAUAUAUAUAUAUAUAUAUAUAUAUAUUUAGUACUUUUCAAUAUUAUUUUAUUCGAGAAACCAUGUAUUCAUGGGAUUUGCCAGUAGACUGUAAUAUGAUAACUUUGGGUAUGCAAAACAAUUAAAAUUGUCUUCAUAAAAUGCAAUUACAACGCAACAACAGAAAAAUGGUGUUAAAAUAAUUGUAGGUGAGCUAUAGACUCAGCAAAUAAAUAAAUAAAUGCAUAAAAAAUAAUCCCUGCUGCAGAAUGUUGGUGAGGUUCUCAUGAUGUGCAUGUUAUAGUACAUUCACAGCCUCCCAGCUCUGUUUGUUUGUUUAUGUGAAGAAAUGGGAGGGGAAUCCCGACUUUAACAUGUCUAUAUCUUCAGUAUAAUUGAAUCGGAUGUUUGCUAAUAAUUACACAGCUAACACAUCUGACUGGGAUGCUGUGGGACGCCUUGUUCCUGAAGCAUCUCAUUUGCUAAAUGUAUUUCAUAAACUGAUUUCAGAAAACAAGAUGCAUUUGUGAGAAAAAACAAAAAAACAAACCACAACAACAACAAAAACCCACUUCACUUUCAUUCCUUGACCUGAACAAUGUAUCCUUAACGUUUUUAAACCUCCUGUUAACCCCUUCCGUGCCAGGGGCAAAACACUGUUAACACAAAUAUAUGAAAGUGUGCAUUCAAAUGGGGGAUUAUUUGCAAAUAUGAUUUAAAUAGAUCUAGAUGUGUUGACUCAUCACCCACACAACCAGGAUAUUUUUUACAAAUCCCAUUCAUACUCUGUGACUGAAUAUAUAUAUAUAUAUAUAUAUAUAUAUAAUAUGUAUAAUCUUAUAAAAUAAUAUAAUAUACACCUACUUCUAUAACUAUCUAUCCAUAGAUAUAGAUAGAUAUAGGGGAAUGUGUAUAUAUAUAUGUAUAUAUUUGGUACCCAUGUGUAUAUUUUGCAGUUUCAUGAACCUACUGUGCAAUAUGAAUUUCAGAAUAAAGCUUUUAUUAGGGGUAUGUUUGUGUAAUUGUGUAUAUACACAAAUAUGUCUUGUUUACAUUAUUUUUAAAAUUAGAAUGCCAAUUAGAAUACUUAAACAGUGUUCUCUGACCAUUUAAUUAUACCCAAGUAUUCAAGAAAGUAUACAUUCAAAAUUACCCAUAAUAUAAAGGAAAACUUAAUUGUAUAUGUGUUUGUUAAUAUAUAUAUAUGGAUAUAUAUAUGUGUAUAUAUAUAUGAGAGAGAUAUAGUUUUUCGAAAAUUAAAUAUAUAUAUAUUUGUUUGUAUAUCUAAUUUUCUAUCCAUUCUAUAUACUGUUCGACUCGCGAAACAGAAAUAGUUUAAAGUGAUUUUUUUUUAAAAAGCUCCGUCUUAACAAAUAGCUUGAAUGCGUUCAACCGAUGACUGAAUAUGUGCAUGACUUAACUAUAAAUAUAUUCACAUCUAUUUAUCUAUUUGUCCUUUAUCCUCCCUUAUGCUUUCUGUGCGUUCCUUCAUGACAAGUGCCAUCCCCAAACUGUCCCCCAAAAAUGGCAUUAAUAAAAAAAAUUAGAUAAAAAAUAAACAAAAAUAAAAGACACAUUAAAUCCAUACACAACUCCAACUGCAAUGCUAAUAUUUUUUAAUGCAUUUUUAAUUGAUACAAUUCAUAAAUAUGCAUUCAAUUUCAAAAGUGAUACAUUUUUGUAUACGAAAUAUAAUUAUAUUUUUUUCAUAUUCUGUUUUUCAUAAAAAAAAGAAUAAUAAUAAAUAAAAAAAAUACACACACACACACACACACUCUCUCUCUCUCUCUCUCUCUCUCUCUCUCUCUCUCUCUCUCUCUCUCUCUCUCUCCCUAUAGAAAUGAUAUUAAAAGGAACCCAAACACCUUUCAGUAAGUGAAGAGGUAAGGGGCGUUGAAGUUUGUGUGGGUGCUUGCCUUGGUGACAGUCACAAAGACUGUCAAACACAAUAUACAAUGUAUCUUUGACAACAUGAUGGAACAGAAGUCUUAUUACAGUAUCUCACUCCUCAACAAUUCUCACUCAUAUUCCUCCCAUCUUUUUUUUACACCUGGGGUUUGCUCACUUAACAGUGACUUGUACUAAGGUGCCAACUGACUUCUUAAAAUCAAGCCAACGGUGCAAUCGUGAUAAAACGUCACAGCCAGAUGUGAGAUGUGUUUUGCCACUCAGAUAUUUGAAUCUAAAAUUUCAAAUCGGUUGCUAUAUCAUCUCAACUCGCUACUAAGUGAAUAAGUCUCUUCUCCCCUCCACCCUCCCUCCCCUUCUCAAAAUGUGCCCUCUUCCCAGUGUCUCUCGCUAUUUCUGGAGCAGGUGAAAUGAAUUGAGUUGUCACACACUAAACGCUAUGCAGAUGUGGAUUUAAACACAGGGCAACAACGUGUUUACUGCAUACAAGUCUCUGUUUGCAAAGUGACUGAAUUAACUCGACUGUCCUAAUCUCUUUAGCUGGCCACUUGUUCAUGGGUCACAGAUUAACCCCUUCCUGGGUCCUCUGGUCUUACAGUUAACCCUUUCACUGCCAGGCCAGGGUUGCCCAAAGGUUCUGGCACAUAACAGGUUAAUUGCUGCUCUUGACAUUAUAGUCUUAUAUAGCACAAAGUUCUACCAGUGGAGGCAACAGGUUGGAUCCCCAGAGCUUCUCAUUGAGACAUAAUGUCCCUAUUAACAAGACCUGCUGUUCAUUUUAUUUAAUUCCACGACUGUUUUUCUGCCAACAUGAUUCUUGCACCCUUGUCAUCCCAGUUUUAUUGCGGAAUAAUAUAACAGAGGAGAGGUUCUAGAAGGAAAUAGCAGUGAUAUUAACAAUAACAUGCACGCCCUUUAUGUGAGGCUGGGAUAUAAAAAAAAAACCUUGCAGAUACUGAAAAUAGGGUCAGUGUGUGCCCAUUCACAAGGGAUUUUUCCCAUAGGCACAGCGUGGGACAAUUCCUUAGGCUGAAAAGAGCUUGAAGCAUAAACUAAGCAGAACACCUUUAAGAAAUGAAGAAUACUAUUUUAUCCAGUCAUUUCUCCCUGAUCAGUCUCUUUAACACUGGAUCUGCUCAGAGUACCAAUGUGUUAGUCUUUAUUCAAGCAAUUAGAUUUGUGAUGUCCAUUGUCAGACAGUGUGAUGUAUGUCCACAGUAUAAUAUUGACAUGUUCCAUAAAAACACAUUUAUUAAACACUGCAGAAUAUCCCAAAUACUACAACUAUUGUUGCAAAGAAAAAAAAAAUACCUCCAGCCCCCAAAAAAAUAGUACAAUAAAAAAAAAUAUAUAUACAUAUAAAAAAACAAUAUAUAUAUAAUAGAUCAUACCAUAAAAAAAAUAUAAAAAAUGUUUCUCACUGUUCAAUAAAACCAACACCUAUGUAUAUAUUAAUGCCUUUGAAUUUUUUUUUUAAAUUUGUUGUAAGGUGUGUAUUUUUUUAUUUUUUUUAUUUGCAAUAUGCUUAUUUAUUUUCUAUUUUGCUUUGUUACACUAAUCCCUAAAUCGCAAUUAAAGUAAAGUUCAUAAACUCUUUUAUUAUUUAUUUAUUUAGCAUUUUAGAUGCAAUAAAAAGGAAUAAUUGGCAUGUUUUUGUUUUUUGUUUCCCAAAGAGGCACAAUAAUAAAAUGGAGUAUACAAUGUAGUAAUAUGCUGCAUUAUUAUUAUUAUUAUUAUUUUAAUUAUUAUUUUAAAUGUAUAGAAUGGAUUGUGUGUGAUCCAACACACGGUCUGGUCGAGUAAAUGGUUAAAUUGAUAAUUGCUAGAACAGCUGGGCGUUUUUGAUAUACAGAACACUAAAAUGCUAUUUUCACAUGAAAAUAAAAUUAUGCAUCAUCAUUUUUAAAAUUAAUAAAAAAAAUAAAAAUAUAUAUAUGCACACAAAAACACAAACUUACACAUACAACACAUAUAUAAUAAGAGAGUUAGUGUGUGUGUGACAGAGAGAAAAGGUAUGGGGAGAGGAGGAAUUAAAAAUGAAAGAGUGUAUCUCAUUUUUCUUCUAAGAGAAAUGUUUGUUUUAAAAAAGGCUGGCCCUGUAGCUCAUAGCAGGAAAUAUACAUCAAAAUGUGGAUGGUUUAUGAGGAUUUAUUUAUUUAACCAUUGGACCUUUUGCCUAAAAGGUUUGUAUUCGGUUUUCGCUUUUUUUUUUCCCCACAAGCGACGUGUUACUAAAUAUAAUGGCAUUAUUUCUGCAAUUAAAUAGAUUAGCAGAAGCCUAUUCUGUGAAGAGGAAAAACAAGACUUAUUAUUGUGAUCAUAAUGCUUGGAAAAUAUUUACUUAGAAUCACGUUAAGUCUUUGUUACUUGGAAAGUUGAAUUUAAGAGCUGGAUUAAAUAAUGUUAUUUUAUUAUGAAAGCAUCAAAUUAUAAUAGUGGAGAAACAACUGCUAUAUUUUUUUACAUAGAUCUCGGAAGCAUGAUAGACAGAAUUGAUAAAAAAAAAAAAAAAUAAUAAUCUGGGAAGAUAGAAUAGACACAAAAUCAAGUACUGUAUUUACUACCUUGUCAAAACACAUGCAGGUAGAUACAAUAUAUAGGUUGUGUCUACAGCUGGUGUAAUUAAUAUAUGAUACAUAUUUUACACAGUGCUGAAUAUCUUUAGCAGUGGAGAUAUAUACACAUUGUUGGCUAUGUACACUGACAUAGCCCAUGGAAGAGGCUAUUAAAGAGUGGCUACAUUAUAUCAUACACACCAGUGUGCAAGUGGUUAUUUGAGUGAUAUGUUCUUAAUGGUGAGAAGAGAAGGGAAACUGUCUUUGAUGUCUGUGUAUUAAGAGAGGGUGCUAGUAACAAGUCCUUAAUGUUUGUGUAUAGGGAGUAGCAAAGAAGCAGUUGAAGGAGUUAGAGGUAUGUGCCCCUUGUGAAUUAGGGGAAUUUUUAGGUAGGAUAUAGACAGACAUGUCCACUGCAUAUAAUAUCUGUAUAGGAUAUAUAUACAGAUAAACAGAUAGAUGGAAGAUAGACAAAUAAUAUAAGAAAGAUCAAUUAUAGAUAGAUAUAUCUAUAAUAUCUAUAUAAAGAUGUAGAGACAGACAGACAGACAGGCAGAUAGAUAGAUAGACAGACAGAUAGAUAGAUAGAUAGACAGACAGAUAGAUAGAGAGAUAGACAGAAAUAUGAAACAUAAUACAAAAAGAGAUGGGUGAUAGAUGGAUAGACAGACAGAUGGGUAAUACACAGACUGAUGGAUAGAUAAAUAAUAAGUGAGAGAUUAUAUACAUUAUUAGAUAGGUAGAAAACAGAUGAUGGAUAGAUAGAAAAUAGAUGAUAGAUGGAUAGAUGAAAAGAUAGAUACAUGGGUGGAUAGAUAAAAGGAAAUAUAGAAAAUGGAUGCUAGCUUCUGUUUUCCCAUCCCCUCCCAAGUUGCUAUUUCUUUAAAGAAAAUAAAAAUUGUCUCAUAUAUAUAUAUAUUUAUGCAUGUAUUAGGAGCAAACCUAACUGGUUAUUGUAUUCUUAAUUUAAGGUGACAGACUAUUUUAAUUCUCCAUUGGCUUUCUUGGAGUAUAUGAUAAAUAUUUAAUUUUGGGAAGAGGUAAUUCUGUGUGCCAGGCAUAUGUCACUAUCAAGAUAUUCACCCAAUGGACAGAAAGCACCUUAUACACACUUUAACAAAUGAACAGGGAAUGUUUUUGUGUGUGUGUGUGUGUCUUGUCGGUUUAAUUAGACUAUGUCUCAAUGGUCUGUUCUUCAAUUUGCCCAGGUUUAG